CGUAGUGCUUCCUCCGAAAAAUCUGCAACUUAGUCUACCAUACCAAAUUGAAAAUAUACAUAUACAUGUAGACCGUAAAACAGUAUUUAAAACAUUGAAAAUAUCAAAAAAUAUCGCGUACAUAUUGUUUAAAAAUACAAAUCUGAAAUUAAGUUCACGUGUUUAAACUUCCGAUAAUCAAUACUUUGAGGCAACUCUUCAAAUAUCACUAAAAUCAGUCAAAUCUACUCAGCCUACUUACCAUAUUGGCAAUGAACGUGGAAGAGGAUCCCGAACCUGUGUGGCUGGAAACAGUUACUAUUGGCGGUUUUCGUGUUUGGCAUAUAAUUGCGAUUUGUCUGGGAAUAUCAUUAAGUAUAUUAAUUAUGGUCUGCUGUUGUAUACGAUUUCGGAUACCACGCACCAAACAGGAAAUAGAGGCAGACUAUCAGCGUAAACAAAUCACGAAGAAAUUUCGAGAAAAACUUCAGCAAAUCAAAAAUUCUGACAUGGACGAAAUGGACCUGCAAAAAGCCAUCGCGCAUAUUCAGGCGGAUUAUUUAUCAGCACAAAACAGCUGUGGCACCAGCGACGGUGACAAUACAACCAAAGAUCCAUAUAGCAGUUUAAAAUUUAAGAGCAACAUACAAGUGCCUGCGUAAACGAGCACUUAUAUACAUAUGAACAUACUUACUUUCUUCAUGUUAUAAAUUAAUUAUAUCAGAAAUAUAGUUAAAUAUUAAAAAGUAUUGUUUUGAUUAUCAA